AUGAAGAGGAUUAAGUGGAAUAAUAAUCUUGUCAGAGAACUUAACAGGGCAUUCCUGGGUCAGAAAAUUAGUACGAGAUGUAGGUCAUCAAAAAGUCUGUUACAUAACAGAAGACGAGGGACUCGAGACUCCUUUGCAGAAAAAGAUUAUAAUCCAUUGGCCAAAUAUCAGGAAUCAGCGGAUUUGGGCCGGCUAUAUGAUUACGACUCGAGAGUAUUCGUGAACAAGAAAAUGAAAGCAGGAGGUUCGGGAGAUUUGCGAAAUGUUGUUAAAUUGGACAAAUCAUUUCUUGAUGAACUUAAAGACAAAGCGACAUUAAAACAAAAGAAUAGCAAUGACGAAAAGUUUAACUCACAGAAUCUUAAGAAUUUGAUCAAAUCAAAAAAAAAGAUUGUCGAUUAUGAUGCACCGCAUUUGGAUUUAAGCAAGUCUAAUAAACAACUAUUUGAUGAAAUAAGGAAGAAUGCUAGACAAUCUCGGGAUUUAAAAUAUAACAACCCUUCGAAAAAAUGGAGUAAUUCUUUUAGCAAUCAGGAGCUUAAACAAAUGAAAAAGCUAUUCAAUUCUAUUCCGGUGGAUGCUACAGUGAGUGGAAAACUGAUUACUGAUGCAUUACAGGUUGGAGACUUGGUAGCUAUUGGACAGGAGCUUUUGAAGCUUUAUAUUGUUGCCAAAGUUCCCGAAAGCUUUGCCUCAGCAAUUGUCACACUUUUGUCUGAUCGUGGAGACGUGCUUUUCGUGCACACAAGCACAAUCUGUCUUAGGAUUCCGGGAGCUGUGCCAACAUCACUACGGCCAAUGCUAAAACAGUUUGUUGAGCUCGAGACAAAGCACCUUGAUAGUAUGCCCAUUGGAGUGCCAGAUGCAAAAUUCUCAAAAUCCAAAGAAGCUUUGCCGACCGAUUUGCAAGCUGAAUAUGUAUCAAUAGAGGCUAGCGCCGAAUUGGACGAGGAAGCUGAGUAUGAGCCUCAGAAUCUUCUUGUUACGCAAGCUUCCUCACAAUUGCUUACAAAUACAGCAGUUCAAACCUUUUUAGUGCCUGAGCCGGCAAGAGAAAUGUACUAUAAAGCUUUGACUCAAGUUUCCAGCGAUGCAUUCAGCAUGAUUGAAGAGUUCAAUACAAAAUUGGAGAAAUUACACCGAAGUUUGCAGUUUGAUAUGACCUCUGAGUUGAAUGCGCCAAGAUCAAUAUCGAUUUUUGAGUUGUUAAGCCGAGUUGAAGAUGUAGAAAAACAAAACCAAAAUCCUAGUGCAACCACGAGUCUAGCUUUGAGUCCUGCAAAAAUGGUGGAUUAUGACAAGAUCUCAUUCCCCAUUGCAAAGUAUAUGGCUAUUGUCUUUGUUUUGAAAAAGCAAAGUAGGCUAUGGACUAUUCAAAAAUCCUCGCAAACUCCUACCAGAGUGACUAUAUGGCCACUAGCACAAAUAGUUCAUGAGGAUUUGAUUUUGCAAUAUCUCAACAAUAAAGGCGGUAUUGCUGAAAUUGCCAAAUACUGCGUAGAAAAAAUUGCACAGGUAGACUCCAUGCACCAAACGUCGUUAUCAUCAUUGCCACCACCGCCACCACAAUUUGAAAACAUAAAGAACAUACUCAAAGCGUAUGUUAUUGGCAAAUACGAAAAUAACCCCGGAGUAUCUUCCACUGUCAUUUCGCUCUUAAGAGCAAUUGAUGAUGGUCUUUAUAAAAAAACAGGUGUAAGUCAGAUUGAAGAUGCUUACAAGUUUGAAUACUCAUCUGGUAAGGCGUAUGACUUGCUUACCAAGCUAGACAAUGACAUAAUUUCAAAUCCCAAUAAUUGGUUUCCCGAAGCAAAGUUACCAAGCGAGGAAUUGAAGCUUAAAAGCAGUAGUCAGGAAGAAUAUUUGCGAUAUUUUGAUGAUGCCUACAACAGCAUUAACCGGGACAUUUUGAUGGAUAAAUGCCUAUCUGAGAACUUAUUUGCGAAUGACCCUUUGGCCAAAAUUAGAGUAGACAUGACUGAAGUUCCAGUAUACUGUAUUGAUGAUGCCUCUGCGCAUGAAAUUGACGAUGGAAUUUCGAUACAUGAAGAAAAAGGUGAAUAUGUAAUCUCCACUCAUAUUGCUGAGCCGAGCUCUUUUAUAAAGCCAGAUUCUCCAUUAAGCUCUAUUGCAUUGGAAAGAGCGAGUACAACAUAUUUUCCAGAGAACGUUGUGCCUAUGUUCCCCAAAGCGAUUGCCGAUCUUGCAGGGCUUGGUGUAAACGGCAAAGAAACGAGAACAUUUGUUAUUCAAUACAGAUUAAAGAAAGAGGAUAUUGACUUUUUCAUUGAGCAAAGCGAACAGGAUUCAAUGUAUAUACCAGAGCCUACAUUUCUUGAAAGGGUCAAGCAGCAGGCUGAACUGAGUGCAAAGGUUAAAUUUGCCUUAACUAAACGAUACCCACAGGGAUUCACAUACGAUGCAGUUGAAAAUUUACUCAAUAGUGGAGGAAUAUUUGGUGCAUCAAAUCUUGGUAACGGGCGUAAUAGUGGAGUAUCUUUAUCAGCUACUCGAACAGAUUUUCAAAAUCUUAACAAGUUGUCGAAAAUUUCCAAAUUGUUUUGGCUUCACAGAAAAUUGAAAAAUGCUUAUGUAGGAACUGGAAAUGCACGUAUUUCCAUUAAACAGACCAUGGCUGAAGAUAAGGACCUUUUAAUUGAUGGAUCUAACCUUAUCAGGAUUAAAUUGCCAAAUUCGACAAACUCCAUAAGCUUUGUUAAAGACAAGAAGAAAACAUCAGUCCAGCUUGUUACCGAAAAUAUGAUUAUGGCUAACUAUCUUGUUGCGAACAUUGCCGACAAAUUGGGCAUUGAUAUCUUGUACAAAUUUCUGGACCCCAAAUACGAAAAGAAUUUACUCAAUGAAUAUAAUGACCUUUUAAGAAAAGCGAGUCAAAAUGGGGACAUACCUAUGCAAAAAAAGUUGGAUUUAUUUUUAUUGUUCCCUAAAACUUUUAUACUGGCCACCCCCCAAAUGCACUUUCCAAUGGCGUUGAGUAUGUAUAGUAACAUUACUUCUCCGCUCCGUCGAUACAUUGAUAUCAUUAAUCAGUGGAAAUUUCAAGAGUAUCUUCUCAAGACCGAAAUGGUUUCAAAGACCUCUGUUGACGCUGUCAUUUCACAUCUAAACAGUCGUGGUGAAAUACAAAAGAGGUUGCAAAAAUCUACUGAGGGUUUUUGGCAAGCAUUGAUGUUGAAAGUGUUUAUUCAGCAAUACAGUAGUCAAGAAAAUAUGGCAAAGGAUUUGAACUUGACUCUAUGUUUAAGACAUAAUCCUGCCAGCAGCCAGAUGGUAUCACUAGUACAUGACCUCUUUACCUUUGUCCGCAUGCAUUUAGAAGUAUCGAAUGCUUUAUUGCAAGACAUAAAGAGCGGCAAAGUGCAAGUGGGCGAUCCACUCGAUCCAACAAGGUUAGUAUGCAAAAAGCUAGAUAUUAUUGAAAACGAGUUGAUCUUUGAAUAUAAAUAG